AUGGCUUUCAUGGUGAAGUCCAUGGUGGGUGGGCAACUGAAGAAUCUCACCGGUGGACUGGGAGGAGGAGAGGAGAAAGGGGAAGCCGAGAAAUCUCCAGCUGAAGCCGCCGGGAUGACGAGGGAAGAGUAUGAAGAAUAUCAGAAGCAGCUUGUCGAGGAAAAAAUGGAGCGAGAUGCUGAGUUUGCCCAACGCAAGGCAGAGCGAGCUACACUGCGGACACAUUUCCGGGACAAAUACAGGCUACCCAAGAACGAAACAGAUGACAACCAAAUCCAGCUUGUCGGGGGUGAUGUGGAGCUCCCGAAAGAGCUGGCCAAGAUGAUCGAGCAAGACAAUGAGGAAGAAGAGGAAAAGGACUCUGUUAUCGGGCAGCUGAGCAACAUUCAGAACCUGGACCUCGAUUCCCUGAAGGAUAAAGCACAGGCCACGUUAGACGACCUCAAGCAGUCCGCUGAGAAGUGUACCAUCAUGUGACCCGGCCAUGGCUC